UGUUUAAUGUAUAAAACAUGUCCGUCGCUGAUAACGUCAGUCCAAUACGCAACUGAGAGUCCAACCGUGUGCAUCGUGAAAAUUUUCGGCAGUUCGACAUAAAUCGUGAAAUACAAAGUGUUGAAUAGUGAAUAUACAAGUGUGUAAUAAGAUAUAUUCUUUUGAACUGAUAAGCACUGAACAAGAGUUAUAAUGAUGGAUCCCGAAAUUCAACUAUCAUUCAAGAUCUACCUAGAUAUGGGGGAUGAUUCCAAUCCGGAAGUGAGACGAUUUGGGAUACCCCAAUGCAACGUCACCAACUAUCUUUUCUUGAAGGAUAAGAUUCGUGCCAUGUUUCCACCCCUGAGGAAUAGCACGAGCAACUUUAAAGUUAGCUGGAAAGAUGACGACGGUGAUCUCAUCGCCAUCACUUCAGACGAGGAGCUGCUGAUUGCUCUGACUGAGAUGUCCGGGCAGGAAAUAAGAAAACUCUACGUUUCUAUACUUCCUAACUCUGUGGAUGAGACCCAAUUCCCAAGGGGCCCUGCCAAUGUGGCCAAUGGGACCCAACAUGCCAAUGUCGUGUGUGAUCACUGCGCUGGGCCAGUGCAAGGCUACCGUUACAAAUGCAUCCAAUGCCCUGAUUUUGAUCUGUGCGCCAACUGCGAGAUGAGGGGCGCACAUUCUGAUCACUUCAUGAUCAGACUGUCUAACCCACUACCUCUGUCAAACGUAAACAAACAACUGAGACCCAAGCAACAUGUCUUUGGACGCAUGCAUAAGAGACACUCUUUCUCCCACGCGAGAAAAAUUGAACGACAUCAGAUGCAAGAUAUCAGCUUUCAGAAACUGCAUCGAAAGCACCACAACCAUGCCAAGAAGCCUAGUGUUUUGGGACGCAUGUACAAAACACAUUUCUUCGCCCCUAUUGAGACAGAGCUGUAUAAGAUGCACGGCAUGGAUUUUCGGAAACCAUACCACAAACAUCACGACCCUACCAAAAAGCGACGUUUUUUGGGACACAUGCAUAAAAGGCAUUCCUACUCUACACCCGAUAGACAACUGUUUGAGAUGCAGGACAUCAACGCUUACAAACCACAUCAUAAGCACCAUGAUCGUACUAAAAAGUUAAACAAAAAGAAAGGGGCAAAUAUUUGGGGUCCAAACUCCAGCAGGAAACGUUCCCACUUCACGAAGGGACUCGCUCACCGUUUGGCUAAGAUGUCCCGGAAGCAUGAGAAGCGGGAGGCUCGUGGAUCCCGCCACUGUCGGUUCGACGAGGACCCGCAUCGCGAGCGUCGAACUGGCCCUGAGGGAUGCCCUGCGAACGCAUGGUUCUCGAACUUCUUGGCGCAGCUAUCUGAAAUGGGAGUGACCGGCUCCGGACAACCUGAGACCCCUGGCCAAGAGCCGCAGCAUGAACCCCAACAACAUCAGCAACACCAACAACCGAACCAACAGCCCCCGCAACAAGGUCAACCCGGGAGACAGUAUCCGGAUUAUCCCAACUGCACUGCGAUCUCCGAACUCGUCAACGGCAUUGUGGAUUCUUGCUUGACUAAUGUUGGACCGAUUGUGGAAAAAUUAGUGGACCCUAUGAUUAACCCUCCUCAUCUCCGAGGCAAAGUUCCUCCUCCGCAGCCCGCUCAAACUUCGGAAAAAUCAGGAGAAAAACCAAAGGAAAAAACUGCUGAAUUCAUGGAGCCGCCGAUAAUCGAUCUUGAAUUCCGACUUGGGGACGAGUUGCUCGGCUCUUUCUCGACUGAAUCUUUCAAGACUUGUGAGAAAUCUAAAGGGACUCCGUCUGAGUCCAGCAAUCAGAUGGACCAGUCAUCAGACAGUGGUGCCUCUGACAAGGAAAAGAGAUCAGAAGAUGACGGGAAAAAGCAAACGGAAGCUCCACAACCAGCUCCCACCCAAGAUGCACCGCCCAGCAUCCCACGGGAUCAGUCAAUGGAGGUCGACGGCUGGACUGUUUUGACAUCAAGCAUUCCUCCAGAAACUGCUUCAAAGGCAGGGCCAUCAUCUGUCACAGAAACUACUAGCACACCAAAUCAAACUCCAUCUGCAGAAAAUCAACCUCGAGUUGUUCCAGUUACUGCACCUGUCGAGAACUUGUAUCCGAGUCUUUCAAGCGAAAUGAGAAGUCAAAAUCCAAAAGUGAACGAGAGUCUAGACAAAAUGCUGUCCAUGGGCUUCUCAAACAACGGAGGGUGGCUCCUCAAAUUGCUUGAGCAGUGCAACGGAGAAAUCGAAAUGGUUUGCCAAAUGCUGGAACCGGUGGUGAAACAGAACCAAAAAGCUUGAACAGAUAGAAUUAGUAAUCUCAUACUGACCUUUAAGAGCAAAUUGUUGUUCUAAUUAUUGAGUUUUAUGCAAAAUGACUUUAUGAUUAUUAUUAUUCAAGAAUUGAUACUGCGUUUAUAACUUCUUACUAUUUAUUUUUAGAAAACAUAGUGGCUGUUUCAGGAAAUGGUGAUAUUAUUUAAUAAAAUUUAAUGGCAAUUA